GAGGCUUUUUGUGGUAUGAAGAGUUUUACCCGUGGGGUAUCAGUAGAUAAGCACUAAGCCAUGCUGGCGAUGUUCUGGUGAACAGACCAUUUUAAUAGAGAAGCAGUUUAAAAAAGCUAGGAAGUUUAGGAAAGCGACAUAUUGUAGACAAAGAACCAUGAACGUUAAGAUGUCUCGGGUUCCUCUUGGAAAGGUUCUUCUCCGAAAUGUCAUCCGUCACACCGAUGCCCACAACAAGCUUCAGGAAGAAUCAGAAAUGUGGAAAAUCAGAGAAAUGGAGAAGCAGGCACAAAAUCUUUAUGGGGCAAAGAGGAGGCGGACAUCUCCUGAACCUAAUAAAUGGGAUCAUAAUGGAUACAAGGAAUUAUAUCCAGAGGAGUUUGGUGAUAGCAAGAGUCGGAUGAGAUCAGAUGGUUUUGAUGCUGAUGUAAAGAAAGAAGCUGAGAAAAGGGCAGCAGUGAGUCUGGAAGAGGAUGCGCUGAGUAUACGGGCCUUAAACAAGAAGUUUUACAAGUGCGAGUCCAGUAUGCCUGACAGGUGGGGGCACAGUGGAUAUAAGGAACUCUACCCUGAGGAAUUUGACUCGGACAGUGACACAGAAGAUAAAAGGGGCAGGAAGAAAGCAAAUGGCCAAGAAACAAGAAGAGACAGAGAUCCUAAGGAACCGCAAUCUCACAAACGCAAACGAUCAAAGAAAACGCGCAAGAAAAAGCAAAAGAAAAGGUCCCACAAAAAGCUAAAGAAGCAAAAGAAAGACCAUGAAGUGUCAACAGAGACCUCUAGUGAGAGCGACAGUUCUGAUGACAGCGUGGAAAAGCCAAAGAAAUCCAAGCGCAAGAAGAAGACACGGAAAAAGACAGCCAGAAGGAAGCAGCCCUCAUCCUCUGGACAAGAUAGUGACUCGAGCGAUGAAAUGAGCAGCACGGAAGAUGUUGAGGCAGAGAAACGCAAGGACAGACACAGCAAAAAAAACAGAAAGAAACAGCAUCACCGCUCUAAACCCAAAAAGGAUUCAGAGAUGGAAUGGAGGAAAAGUAGAAGGACCAAUUGGAAAGUGGCUAAAGAUGAAGGGUCAGAUAGCUCAGAUGAGGAUGAUUGAGGCACUGCUUCAUCAGUCUUUUUAUGAUGAUGAUGAUGAUGAUGAUGAUGAUGGGACUGGACUAAACAUGUAAAAUAAGAAAUUAUUCUUCCACUCUCCAGAUGUGCAAUGCUAUCGUGUGUAAUUUUGUUUUUUUUUUGCUACGUUCAAGGAAAAUAACUUUCUUCUCUCAAAUUAUUGUUGCCACCAGAACUUGACCAAUUUCCUGCCCAAGAUUGCAAAUAACCCAUUACCUCUUUUAAUAAAACGGAGGAAAAAACCCUCCUACUUUUAUUGGUUUUAUGUAAAAUAUUAUGGAGUGGUAUUACCCCCGGUUCUCCUGACAGUAUUUAAUGUGUUUAUAGAACUAACGUGGAAGGGGUGAAGAAGUAACAAGCACUCUGCUAGAGGACUAUCUUUUUUGUUUGUUUGUUUUUGUUUUUUAAUCAAGUGGCAGCGGACCGAUGAGAUAAAUAGAAUGUGAAACACAGAUGCCGGAGCUCUCAAUUCAUUCUUCGCAGAGUGAAGAAAAACAAGAUUUAUUAAAAAUGCAGCAACAGCAGCUUUUGGGAUUUCACGUGUUUUGUUGCCCGAGCUCUGAUGCUCUUUUUGCGUUUUCUGUUGAUUUCAUGUUUAGAAAGAUCUGGUCUUUAAACAUAUCUGUAAAAUAAAAGGUUACUAUUCUUGGUU